UUACACCGCGCAACAACGUCGCCGGUGUUGCAGUUUUAACGACGCCGGUCCUUCGCGUGUGAUCCUGCCGCUGGACGAGGAGGAGGCUGCCGACGACGACGACGUGUUCGUAUCCCCGCGUCGUUUCGCUCCGGCCAUUAUCGCUGACGUAAGUUCGCGCCCAGCUGGACUCUCCUCGAAGGUCACUGAUCGAGCCGUCACCGUUUGACCGUGUCGUACGUUAACUCGACUCGCGGCACACACCGGAUCGGAGCGGAUUCGGCGACACUUUCGCCGGCGUGAAUUCGUAAUCGGGCGGAGAAUCGCGCCGCGGCGGGCGAAUCGAUAUAUCGAUCCCGUCGCUCCUGCAAGAUUCAUCGCCGGCUAAUCGGAUUCCCCGGGGAGCGUUCUCGCGGGUUGACAUUGACAAGUGCCGAUCAAAACUCGCUCUCGUCGACGUUAAUUCGCGGGCGGAAGGGCGAGCCGCGCGCCGCCGAUGCAAGAUUCAUCCGCGGUCGGGUCGUCCUCGCAGUCCUCGCAUCGACACCGAGCAGUACCGACGUGUGUGCGUUCUCACCGAGCUAACUGCUUCGUCCAAGGAAGUCCCUUCGUUCUCAGCGAACUUCCGUUUCGGACCGUCAUUUCCCCGGGGCUCUCGUGGCGCAGAAAGCGCGAGUGCAAGAGAGAGAAAGAGGACCGAUCCAAGAGCGCGAGAGCAGAGUGCAAGCGAAGUGCAAGCGGAGUGCAAGCGGUGACCAGCGCGUGCCGGCCUUUUUGCCUGUAUUUCCCCGGCGAGUCGCACGGCGCGCGGAACACGUGCGAAUCGCGAGGCGAGAGAGAGAGAGAGAGAGAGAGAGAGAGAAGUGCAUUAUCGAUCGCCUCCCGUGGCCGCAAUCUCGAGAAGCGUGUCUCGUUAGUACAAUAUUCAGCCGGCCUACCAGCAGUGGGAGGAGGAGGCUUGACAUUUUGCAAAUGUCAGCCGCGACCGCUGGCGUAACUUCCGCGUAAUCGGAGCGUGGCCGAUAAACGAUAAGGGAGCAGCUCGAGGUUUUCGUGCUGCCGAAACCGCACCGACGUUCUCAACCGCUCCUUUCUGUUUCCUUUUUCCCCAUUCGAUUUUCCGCCAACGAGCCGCCGAGAAAGUGACGGUCAAGUUGAGAGCGAUGACCCGAGACACGUGAUCGAGAGGUGCGAAACCGGAAGUCGGAAGAACGGAAGCUCUUGGUACGCUCGGGACUCCAGGAAAGUAUCUCUCGCCAUGGACUGGAUGAGGAGGCAGGAUAUCAAGGAGGAGCCGCAAGAAGCUCCUAACGCCUUGACGCCGGAAGACGACGAUGAGUGUUACUUCGAGGAGGAUGUGUCCAUAGACGAGGGAAUGGGUCUCGACAAUGUGAGCUCGGCGACCCUCAGGCCCUUUAACUCGGACAUCAACACGCCGAGGAUCGACAGCUACAGGUUCUCCAUGGCGAAUCUCGAAGAUUCUCAGGAUGUCGACCUGGAUGCGAUCCUCGGUGAACUGUGCGCCCUGGAGCGACGAUGCGACGGCGACAUCGCCGCCACGCCCGCACCAGAUUCGCAGAGGCCAGGACGACCCACCAGCGCAAGAAUCAAUCCCGGUGACAACACUGACAUCAAAAAUGAAGGAGGUUUGCGCACCGACAGUCCUGACAACGACAGCGCGUUCUCGGACACGGUGUCCAUGUUGUCCAGCGAGAGCUCAGCGAGCAGUAGCGGCUCAGGUCACAAACCACCUCAGACCGCCAUGCACACUGCCCCUCAGCAGCAACCUCAUCAACUUGUUGACGCGGCGAGCAGAGCGAAGGCGGAAAAGAUCCGCCUGGCGCUGGAGAAGAUGCGCGAGGCGAGCGUACAGAAGCUCUUUAUCAAAGCGUUCACGUUAGACGGCAGCGGUAAGAGCCUCCUGGUCGACGAGGGGAUGAGCGUUGCACACGUGUCGAGGCUGCUCGCGGACAAAAACCACGUGCCAAUGGAUCCGAAGUGGGCCGUGGUUGAGCACUUGCCCGAUCUCUUCAUGGAGCGGGUUUACGAGGAUCACGAGCUACUGGUGGAGAAUCUCCUGCUGUGGACCAGGGACUCGAAGAACAAGCUGCUGUUCGUCGAGAGGCCAGACAAGACUCAAUUGUUCCUCACGCCCGAGCGAUUCCUCCUGGGUCCCACGGAUCGCGGCGGCGGCGAGUACGACUAUCACUCGAGGAAUAUGCUAUUGGAAGAAUUCUUCUCGAGCAGCAACGUCGGUGUGCCCGAGGUCGAGGGUCCCCUCUACUUGAAGUCGGACAGCAAGAAAGGCUGGAAGAGGUAUCACUUCAUUUUACGGGCCUCCGGUCUUUACUACUGGCCAAAGGAGAAGGCGCGCACCGCCCGGGAUCUCGUCUGCCUAGCGACUUUCGACGUCAAUCAGGUUUACUACGGCGUCGGCUGGCGGAAGAAGUACAAGGCGCCCACCGACUUCUGCUUCGCCGUGAAGCACCCUCGACUGCAGCAGCCCAAGUCCACCAAGUACAUCAAGUUCCUCUGCGCGGAGGACAACGCGUCCCUGGAGCGAUGGAUGGUCGGCAUUCGCGUGGCAAAAUACGGCAGGCAGCUGAUGGACAACUAUCGCGCCCUCGUGGACGAGCUGGCGCAGGAGGACCUGGAUCUGUUGGCGCACGCCAGGUCGUGCUCGGUCAGCUCCAUCGCCGCGCCGGCGAAUCAGACCCAAUAUAACACGACCAACGACAACGCGAGGCAAUACGCGGAGAACUCGAGGCACAGCAAUGAGACCGGGGUCGUCGCCGCGACGAGGCAGUACGACGGUCAGCGGCAGAGCUACAAUCCGGAGCAACGGCAGAGCUACAACAACGACGGCAGGCUCAGCAGGGCGAGCAGUUCCAGUUCCAGCGGAUGCUUGUCCGACGGGGCACCGAGCAGUUGUGAGGUGGCCUUCGAAUGCGGGGAAUUCCCAACGGGCACGAUCAAACGGAAGCCGUCUAUGAACCCGAAACUGCCCCUCACCUCGAUCACGAGGCAGCUGAAGGAGGUCGGCGAAACGGUCCGCGACGAGCCGGAUUCUUGCCCGAGUCCGACGAGCUCGGGAUCCGGCACGUUAACCAGAAGACACAGUCGUCGUCGAAGCGGCACGGAUUCCGACGGAUCCGGGACCCUGAAGAGACACCAUCGAUCUGGAAACGCGACGCCCGUCAGCCCGGUGCCACCCGGUACCCCGGUAAGAGAGAGGGCAAGUCCCAUGGGAUACAGCAGGCCGGACAGUCAAGAGCCGAAAACGCCGACCAGUCCAAUACAGACUUGCAUGAUGGACUCGAUCACGUCGUUGCCGCCGCCGCCGUCGCCGUCGAGGGUCGCCGAGGAGGUCGAGUCCGACAGCGAGCCUCUUCCGCCACCGCCCCCGGAGAUGUUCCGGUCGAACCUCUCGUUGGACUCGCUGCCGCCGCCGCCGGCGCCCGGGGAACUCCCGGUCUGCAACACACCGGAGCUGACCGGCUCCUCGCUGAGCCUGGCGUCGUUGCCGCCGCCGCCCAGCCCGUUGGUCGGCGAGACCGGGACGAUACGUCGCGCCAGGCCGAAGCAGUCCACCCCCACGAACUCGGUGACCCCCGAGAGCACGCCCACGCACACGCCCAGGUCCGGUCAGACGAGCAACGCCGCGUCCUCCCCGCACAGUUCCUACCCGGGAUCGACGGCGAGCACGCCGACCUACGGGCCGAGCUCGCCGAACUUGGCGUCGCCGCCGCCGUUCGUGCCGCCGCCGGCGUACGGCUCGCAGCCACCGCCGGCGCCGCACCACGCGAACUCGCAGAGCCUCGGCAGGCAGAACUCGAAGGUCGAGCGGGACUCGUACGGGAGUCACCACCACAACACGAUCAACACGAUCCAGCCGAUCAGACCGAACCCGAACAUGGACACUGUGCGACGCAGCGCCAUGAAGCAAGGGACCGGUCACUACGCGGCACCGCCGUACCUGGCCGAGCUGAAGGCCGCCUCCAGCCCGCAGCCGCAACGCCGGGUGACCAUUCAGGAGCCUCCGACGUCGCCCAAGUCGAAGACCGGCACCGGCAAGAAGAUCACCUUCAACCUACCGCCGCAGCAGGAGCCCGGCAGCCCGGCGUUGCCGCAGCGCAAGCCGACGCCGCCCCGGAGGUCCGACAGCACCAGGCUGACGUCACCGAAGAAGCUGGCGGCGUCCGACCAGGCGCCGCCGGGCGACUUCCUCAAGGACCUGCAGAGGGUGAUGAGGAAGAAGUGGCAAGUCGCGCAGAAGUGCAAGCUCGACUCCACGACGACGCCGCACGAGGUGCUCGGCUUCCGGGACCCGCCGCCGGCGGUCGCCGAUUACCGGGAGACGAACGUGUCGAACUGGGUGCAGGAGCACUACGGCGCCGACAACCUCUACGAGAACGUGUACGCGACGGACCCGCACGCGCCGGUCGAGUACGCGUCCAGCCCGGCGCGGCAGUCGAGCGUGAGGUUCGCCGACGAGAACCGCAGCAUGAACAUCGUGAACGCGAUCGCGGGCAAGAGGAGGCCGCCGCCACCGCCGCCGAAGAGGGCCGAGACCACGCAUCUGACCACCACCAGGGCGAUGCACUGACAAUAGCAGAUAAUCCAGCCCCAUCCCGAGAGGCGAUGGUAUUGCUGUCUCUGCGGCUGGUGGAAGGACUGAGGCGAGGCGCCGAGGCUUCGUCGACCGUCGCGCGACCACCUCGCCGUCCCGGCUUACCGGAGACCCGGCCUCGUGCGCGCCCGUCGACCUCGCCUCGCCCACGAGAGAAGUUGCUCGGCCACCGGCUGUCGCGGCGGAGGAGCGAGUCGGGGGAAGGAGAGCAACCGGCGAAUUUUCGAGCCGAAGUCGCAGCGAUGAAGAGGAAACACUGCCGCACGGACGAAGGAUGUGAUAGAAACCUCGGCUCCACCCGCGGAGGAUCGCGCGCGGAAGGCGAUCGAGAAUGACGAGAACGAGGCAACGCGCAAUGCUGGGUUUUUUCUUUUUCAGGGGGACGACGGAGGAGGGCCGAAUUUACUCGCGAAGAGGACGAUUCUCUCGCCCGCGCCUUUCCACGGACUUUGCUUUGCGAACAGAUGUUACGCAUUUGUUACGAGCGUUUCUUGACGAAUAGAUAUCCUCAAAGUCCGGUAUUCGUUCGGUUUCGACGAAUUCAGUGAAGUCAACUGAAAUAUGAUUACGUCCGAAAGCACGUCGCGACUAAAUUCAGGAGGAAUCUGUACGCCACGUUCUCCAACUUGAGAUCCGUUUCGAGGCUCUCGAAAGGAGAGAUGCGCGUGAACGCGUGUCAUCUCUCUCUCUUUCGAGUGACUGUCUAUCGCUUCGAGAGUGUGUUCCUGGAUAGAAGAGGAAGAAGGAGGAACGAGGAAGCAACAUUACGACGACGGGGAACAACAUUACGACGAAACGCCGAGGAAGUCGCCGGAAUUGAUCUCAGUUCGAACCGGACGCGAACCGGCGAUUUUUGGCGCGGCGGUUUCGCUUCCAUUGACGAGGAACGAAGGACGGAUGCCAGCCGACUCGAUCGAAAAUACCUUCUAUGCAACCUAGCGUCUCUCGCGAUCACAUCCAUGUGCAUAGGUAUAUAUGUAUAUAAACUUACGCGCGUUUAUAUUAUAUACAUCGCUAUAUCGACUCGAUGCUGUAUGUGUAGUUGUAUCAUACAAUCCGAACGCGAAUCUGACCACGUAGACGAGACAACGGGAGAUGGGUAAAACGAAGUCGUCCUGGUACGACCUCUUUUACCAGGCGUACCCUAUAUAUUAAGGACGACGAAACGACGACUUUUUUCGCUCGUUCGGCAGCCGCGCGAGCCGCGAAGCCUCGUCACGGCACAACGCCUCGUCGCGAGAACGCGAGAUCUCGCGUAUGCCAUUUCUGUAUCCCUUCGAUAACGAAGAGUUAACGAACCGACGACUUGACACGAGUCGAGUUCGGAGGUUCGGAUGAAACGAGAAGAGUAUCAAAAUUCACGCGAGAGUCACCGGCCGAACGAGCGCGCGCCGGUCGGACCCGCGGAUAAAGAGAAAGAGGAAAGCUAGAGAGAGAGAGAGAGAGAGAGAGAGAGAGAGAGAGAUGUAGGUAAAAGAAAUACUUAUUCUCGGAUACUUGGAAUAUAAAACGGAAAUUUGGAGGGUGUUUCAAUACUUUGCAUUCGCGACUGCUCUUCUCCUAUUUCGAGUAUCCGACCGCUAGGAUUCGACAGACAGACAGACGGCGCGACGAUUGCCGCUUCACGCGCGAUCGCACCGUCGCGUUUGGCCGAACGACGAAGAAACAGUUAUAAUGCGUAGCUUCCCGUUUGUGAUCACCGAAAUGGAAUCUUCAGCAACGACUGCGGACACCUUCUGAAGGUCGCGCGUAACCGAUGUAGUUUUAUAUCUCGAUUUGUAUCGCGUUUGCAUGACUUACAUGUGAAAGUUUAAACGAACACUUCGGAGCUCACGGAGCGUCUGUAUCGUCGGAUUUUUAUAUGUAAAAGAAAGUGUCCGGAGGCCGCUCGAGUACGCCCGUCGGUGCGACCAGUCCAUCCCGUAGAAAGUAUUUUAUACGAUCGAAUUUUGAUACGCAGAGAUAUUUCGUCACGUAGUUAACGAACGCGCGGACAAUGCGAGAGCGCAGAAGAUCUCACUUUCUCGAGAUAGAGCGAAGGAGAGAGAAAGAGAGAGAGAGAAAGAGAGAUCGUCGGAACUUCGUUCGACGAGCAGUCGUGAUUUUCCGACUCGUCGAUGCUGCGAAUUCUCCGGUGCGAUGAGCCGCCCUGCUCUUCCCUUCCGAGACCAGCGACGACGACUAGUCGACCACAGAGAAACAUAUUACUUAUAUCGCGAAGAGAAGCAACUGUUCAGUGUCUAUUUUCCUUCUUCCCGGUGUAAUCCUCUUAAGAUAACGGUCAUCUUGAAGAAAGAAUAUUCUUCUGGUACAGUAUUAAAACCCGUACCCAUCGCAGAUAUUAGAAAAGUGCAUUAUUAUUUACUCGAAGGAAAAGUUGAUUCUUUUUUGAGGAAUAUUAUGAGCUUUAUGGAAGGAAAGUUAAAUUCGGUUGAUUGGAAUAAGUUAAUCAAGUAAAUAUAUCUGCAGAUAUCAUAGGUUCAACGUAAGCAUCGAAUUUAUCCGAGAUAUGUUCUUGAUCCCCUGAUAAGUUUAAUAUUUCAGUCGACGAUAUUGCAUCAAAAAACUAAAACUUCGGUAUUAUACGCAUUCCGACUGACCGAAAUUAACUUUCCUUCGAUAAAGUAUAUAACAUUCUUGAGAGGCAAUUUUUGUUUUUUUUUUUUUAAUAAAUGAUAAUGAGCUUUUCUAACGGUAUUUGAUUAGUAUAUUUUAAUACUAUUAUCAAGCAGAAAGAUAUUCUUCGUUUAAGACCAGCCAUCGCUCGGAAAAGGAGAAAGGUAAAUCGAGCCAUCGCUUUCCUUCGCAUACAGUAAUAUUUUCUCGUGUGCAGACCCGUCGAUCUCCGCUGCGCUUUCAGAUCACUCCCGAUGAGCCCCGUCGCACUUUUGCAGUUUUCUAAAAGGAUUCACAUCGUGCCUGCGCGCGAGAAAUUGCCCGACCUUCGAAAAAUCGUAUGCCUCGCGUGUCUGUGUGUGUGUACGUGUGUGUGUUCGCCGGUGCGCGAGGAUUUGCCGAGUUUUUUUUUUUAUAAAAAGGGGCUCGCGCACACAAGAUCGAGAUCGCGCGGUCUUUCUUCACACCGAAUCUUUCACGCCGUGCCUGUGCGCGAACAUAUUUGCAACAACACACUCGCACGCGACC